AAAGGGGCUUACUAGAGAUGCGGCAGCUUACUGCUGCUGUAGCUCGAUCGUUGUGUGUGCAUGACAAUGGUUCGCGCAAGAGAACUUCUGCUAUUUGCUGCGUGUCUGCUGUCGAUGACGUUCGUCGCAGCGAAACCCGACUUUGGCGUUGAUGUGAUGAUCCGGGGCAGUGUAGCAGUGCAAGGUACGGCCGUCAUGAUCGAGGAGCGGUUGAGCGAGCUGACAAAACACAUGAGCUUUUCCCUCGUCUCGUCCUACGGCUUGCUGAGCGAUUUGCGCACCCAGAUGGACCUGCUGGCGCGCAAGGUGGCCACCAUUGGGACGACCUUUGCAACUGCUUUGAACCAAGCCAGUACAAGCAACAGCAACGUCACUGCUACCUUUCAUCCCGUCUUGCUCUCUCUCGCGCGUCUGCAAACACUCCAGGUGGACGAAUUACCUCCAAUUCUGGCUGAAAUCGAAAAACUCGUCAAACUAUCGAUCAAGCUAGAGCUGCAGGACUCAUUCAAGACACUUCAAAGCUCGGUGCAACUUAUGGUCGGAGCGGUAGUGCAGCUAACCGCAGCCGUUGUUGACAAUCCGGUGAGCAUAGAUGUGUCCAUCGUCAAUAUGGUAACUCGAGUGGCUUCGAUGUUGCGAGCAAACACUGUUCCGCUAAACUACACGAUCGCUUCGACGGGUGAGAAUAUUCGAGCGGCUGAUGCAUUCCUCGGAAGGCUAUCCAGGUCGGUACAGACCACAACGACAACGGUUGGAAAUGAUUUUACAAGCUUUAUGGAUGAUGUAGAGCAAUUGCAAGACACGACGCUGCAAGCGUUGGGCUGCACCAAGCAAGAGAUCAGUGGUCUCGGGGCAUCGGUUGAACCCUUGGUGGCAAUAUUAUGCGACGGUUCGGGCCCGUGCGAUAUUCGGACUACGGUUACAAAAAUUCUGCAAUUGCAGUCGGAUGACCAAGAUGAAGUGGCCCUCACGGUGAGGGAACAGUUCAGCAAGUUAACCCCAUACAAAACCAUCCUAACAUCGGUCGCAUCUGUUACGUUCAGUCGAGCCUAUGAGCUUGGCUUGUAUCUUGCCGACGUGACGGCAAUGAAGGGACCGUACGGCCUGUACUGUUUGAACAAGUACGCCAGCGUGGUGGAACAGCUUCUACCGCGCGUUAGGGAUGGUUUAAUAGUGUGCUAUCGGCAGGAGCACACGCGACUACGAACGCUCCGCACCAGCCUGCUCAACAUGUACGCGACGUUCGUGUACGAUUUCGAGGAUCUGUUCGAUCAGCUACAGCUCUGCACUGCGGAGUCGGGCAAUUUUUCGUUCUUAACUGCUAUGAACGGUCUCUAUACACAGUUGGUGGAGCAAAUGAAGAAAAAACUGGAGCUAAUGAAGUCGUUUCUGGUAGCUGAGACAACUAGUAGCGCCCGCCGGCUGCUGCUGUGUGGUACGGAAGCCUCCCUAGCUGUCGCGAACGAUCGGGCGCAGCUAUGGAGCGAAAUUGGAGAGUGUCGACAGAAAGGGCCGUCUUACAAUGUGCCAAUGAUGGAGGUUUGAGAUGUUUAGAGGGAAUAUGAUGUUUUAUGUUAUAAUAUAAAUAAAGUUUUGUGAAAAAAGAUA